AUGCAUAUCAGAAAGUAUAGCAAGAACGAGCACAGCCAGGUGGCCUCCGGAGAUGCUCUAAAUAUCAUCAUUCCAAUUGGAGGUAUUGGCAGCCGCUUCUCAAAGGAGGGGUAUCGAUAUCCCAAGCCCCUCAUCAAUAUUGUGGGAAGACCAAUGAUCUUGCGACUGAUAGACAACUUGUCUUUGAUACCGGGAGAUACUCUGUGGAUGGCCGCGAAUGAAGAAAUCGACGAUGAAUUCAGGCUCGGUCAGCUAGUGAUGAAGACGUUUCCGAAACUGGACUUUAAGUUUUUGAGAUUGAAGCAUCAGACGAGAGGUGCUUCCGAGACACUAUAUGUCAUUACCCAGAGCAUGACAGAACAGCAUCUGACAAGAAGGACGAUCUCGCUUGACUGCGAUACAAUCUACUGGGCAGACAUUCUGACACAAGUUCGAAAUCUGCCUCUCCGGCAUGGAGCCGUCUUCUACUUCUCAGACGAAGGACUCAAGCCCAUCUUCUCAUACAUCAAGACAGAUGCAAAGCAAAAUGGACUAAUAGUGGACAUCCAAGAGAAGAAGGCAAUCUCCAACAAAGCCAAUACCGGGGCAUAUGUCUUCGUAUCAGGAGAGAAGCUCCAAGAAUGGGCAGCGAAGAGUAUUGACGCCAAUGCAAAGAAGUUGAACGUGGCAGAAUACUACACUUCGCAAUUGAUUGGCAUGAUGAUCUUCGAGGGCAAACUGCCAUUCCUCGGUCUUCCGAUCGGGAUGAAGGAUUUCAGCUGUGUAGGUACGCCAGAGCAGUUGCAAGAUUUGCUCUUGCAGUUGAGGAUAGAAGGUAAAGAGAAUCAGGUCCAGAAACGCCGCUUUUGUUUUGAUCUCGAUAUGACUUUGGUUGGUGUCCCAGCUGUUGCAGGAGAUUACACGACAUGUCCGCCCAUCUGGAAGAACAUCAAGUUGGUUCAACAACUUCACAAAGCUGGUCACUAUAUUAUCAUUCAAACAGCGAGGAGGAUGAGAACACACAGCGGCAAUGUCGGAGCAAUUCUCAAGGACGUCGGCAUGCUGACCUUUGAUCAGUUAGCAAAGUAUCAAAUCCCAUACGAUGACCUACAUUUCGGCAAACCCUGGGCAGACGUCUACAUUGACGACCUCGCUGUCAAUGCCAACCUGGACACGGAGCGAGAAAUAGGCUGGCUCCUCGACUCCACCGACAGUAUCCUCCCCUCUACCGCUGCUUCGCCCACCAAACCACGCUCCGUGCUCGCCGCCCGCGAUUUCAACACCGUCCAAUUCGUCGGCUCCAAGGUCCUCAAAUCCUCCAAAAGCGAAGCUAUCCUCGGAGAGCUCUAUUUCUACUCCCACAUGCCGAGCAGGCUGGCUUCCAUCUUCCCGACAAUCUUCGCUGUCGAUUAUUUGGAGGAGACGAAAACGUAUACGUUGGAGAUGGAGUACAGGCUCGGGUUGACGUUUAGUCAUAUGCUGGUUGGACGAUCGAUUACCAAGGGGAGACUAUUGACUAUGUUGGCUGGGUUGCACAAGAUUCAUACCACGAUCCCUUCUCUUGAACAACAGCAGAUAGAGAUCUCACCUGCAUUGGCUGAGAAAUUUGAGGAGCACAGCAUCGAAGUGACAGGUGCACCGAAUCUGUACGCCAAUUACGGCACGAAACUCCGCUCUCGAUAUUUCGCCAACAAGGAAAGAUACGAUACCCUGGGACCUGAUGCAGCGAAGUAUUUCGAACGCCUGAACGAGUUCCUCGAUACAUAUGAAGCGGAAGAAAAAGGGGUGCGUACCCAGAUCAUUCAUGGAGAUCCGGUGUUUUCGAACGUGAUUCUGUCGCCUGAUGAGAGUACGGCGAGCUUUAUCGAUGUCAGGUGCCAGCUCUCUUCCACGCUCACGACGGAAGGGGAUCUGCACUAUGAUUUGGCGAAAGUGCUGCAAUCUUUGAUGGGAUAUGAUCAUAUUCUGUUCUUGUCAUUGGACGCUUUGCCGUCUUCCUCGUCACCGCUGCUCGAAGAAGCGGACGAGAAGAUAUUAGAGAACCUGAGAGGGAUAUUCUGGGAAUGGGUGGAGGGAAAGUACGGAUUGGGAGUCCAUAGAAAGACCUUGUUGAGGAUCACAGCUAGUCUGGUGUUUAGUUUGAUCCCGCUGCAUAAGGAAGAGCUUGGAGGUGUGUUCUUGAGGUUGUGUGGGAAGACUUUGGAAUUGGCUAGUGGUAGUGGGGCCGGGACUUCUCAUACCUCGAUGGGACACUCACUUCUAUAA